UUUUUUUCUCAUUUACAACAAACAGUUCACUUUCUACUUCUCCGCCCUGGAAGAAGGACAUGCUUUUGCUGGAUUCCUCUGAACUAAGAGGGGAAAUUGCUUUACAAAAUGAGAGAAAUGCUACAAUUCACAAGGCUCCAUCAGCACAUCAUAACUUUACUUUUCUGAUUCGUGCUGAGGAUUUUGUUCAGGUUCGUUAUGGUGGAAAGGGAUGGUUGUAUUUCUAGUUUGAAAGCACUCCGGGUUCUGCGAGUUUCCCUGGUGGAUGAGCUGGAAGGACGAAUUGACUCUCUGCUGGAAAUCUUAGUAAGUCGGGAAGUGUUCACUCGUGACGACCGUGAGGAGGUGUUGUGUCAUUUGGGACCCCGGGCAAGAGUAAGAGAGGUGUUGGAUAUCCUGGAAUGUAAAGGCAAUGAAGCAGCUGAUAUUUUUCUUUCAAUUAGUAGUCAUCAUCAGCAAGAGGCACAGAUACACCCCAAAGAAGGAAAUGCAGAUCCGCCUCAAUCCGUGGAAUAUAAGAAAGUCCAACAAAAGCAUAAAGAUGUCAUCAAGCGGCGGAGUGAGAGCAUGCUCUUCUACAACACUCGACACGGGGAGAAAAUUCUUUUUUCCGAACACUACGUCAAUCUCUUGUUGGCAGACGGACACCAGGGCUUGGAUAUGAAAAGACAUGAGGUGCUGACGUUUGGUCAAAAGCGACUGUCUUUGCAGCAGAAGUCAGCGGUGCAGAGAAAAAUCACACCGGCCGAACUCUUUCUAAGCACAAAUGGAAAACAUCCAGUCAAGAAAGUGUUGGUGUCGGGGGUGGCGGGCAUCGGAAAAACCAUCCUGGUGCAGAAGAUGCUUUUUGAUUUUGGAGGAAACAGGGACCAUCUUGGAUUUGACUUCAUCAUCCACAUGACCUUCAGAGACCUCAAUCUGAUCGACAAACCUACGAACUUCCGGGAGCUGGUGCUGCGUAAAAACAGGCACCUGGCUAAGGAACUGGAUAACAUUUUAGAGAACGACGACAAACUGCUGAUCAUCUUAGACGGCUUUGAUGAGUUCAGACACUACAGGAGCUGUGAUGUAGACACAUUCGUGACUGAGCCUGAUGAGGAUGCAGAGGUGGUGGAGGUCUUAGGGAGUCUGAUGCAAGGCGAACUGCUCCCCAACGCUUCUAUCAUGCUCACAAGUCGACCUGCAGCCAUCAACCACAUCCCGGUGGGCUGCAUCGACCGCUUUGUGCUCAUCUCUGGUUUCUCCCUGACUGAAGUUCAAGACUUCUUCUUACGGUAUUUCCAGGACAGUGCCACUGCUGACCGCAUGUUCGCAGUGGUAUCGGCCAAUGAGCUAAUGCUAACACUAUGCUACAUACCUGCAUUUUGCUACAUUGUGUGCUGCAUCCUUCAAGAAAGCAAGGACCUCAGUGGAGAAAGCCCCAAGACCAUGACGGACAUUUAUGUGCAGUAUCUGGUGGCCUUGCUUCGCUCUCACACUCAAGCAAGAGCCCAAACGUUUAGUCAAGGGCAAAAGGAAGGGCUUUCUAAAGUCGUACUGAAGCUGGGUCGACUCGCCUUCCUAAAGCUGAUGGAGCAUCAAACACUAUUCUACAGCAGCGACAAAGACGUGGCAGAGCUAGAGGGAUGCAUCCUUGUAAGCACCUUCCUGGACAAGACGGUGGCACAAGAGCCCGGCUGCACUGAGGAGGUUUACUCCUUUGCACACCUCACUGUUCAAGAGUUCUUCGCUGCAGUUUAUUGCGCGGUGACGGAUCACCCGUUACCUGAAGCUCUUCAGCAAACUACAAGUCCUGGGGAGGGGUCCAGCGGCGGACAUUUGGACCUCUUCCAUCGCUUCCUGUCUGGAAUCCUCGCUGAACGCAACGCUAACCUUCUAUCAAGGCAGGUGGGGCUGAGUUGCAAUAAAGAGAAAGUGGACAGCUAUCGUCAGAGGAUCAUCAAAGAGCUCACAAUGCUCUGUGAGAGUGGAGCUCCUAUCCUCAACCAUUUACACUGCCUGUUUGAGCAACAGGACCCCUCUCUGGCCCUCUCCGUGGAACCUAAAACACUACAGGUUAAUGUUAGCGAUGAAACACUCUCCCAAAUGGAUUACAAUGCCAUCAAGUACUUCCUAAACCUCACCAAGGGGGAAAUAUUAGAGCUGGAUCUGACAGGAACAGGAGUAAGCUGCGAGGCCCUCAGAGAUAUUCAGCCACUGCUGCUCAGAUGUAACAGACUUUGGCUUGGAGAAAAUAUCCUCGGUAUGGACGCAACUCGGGUCAUUGCUGAUGUGCUGCAAGUGUCAGAACAUUUACAGCAACUAGGAAUCGGAUGGACAGACAUCGGCGAUGACGAACUACUGGCUCUUUCUGGUGCCAUACGGGCGAAUAAAAAACUUGAAGAGUUGUGGAUGGAGGGAAACCGAGUGAGCUACAGAGGUCUGCUGUCCCUCAGUGACUUGACCCCGUACCCUCUGAAAAAAAUUGUAGCCAUCUGGAAUGACCUAGCUGACACAGAUCCAGACUCCUUUUGCACACAAGAAAGCAUAACUGUGAGCUUCACAGACAAUGGUAUUUGGGAAGGAUGGGGGGAAUGGGUCUUCAAAAGAUGUGAGGUCAGCAGCAAUGAUAAGUUAGUAACAUUUCUCCACAAAGUGUGCAACAUAUCCGUCCACUGCUUGGAAGGCCAGUGGGCGAGUAAUUUUUACAAGCAACUGUUACAGCUCAUCAAGCAAAGGAUUGAGAUCUGCACCGAGGACGACAUGCUCAGGAAGCUGGAGAAGUUUGAGACCAUUUUGAGCUUCUAAUUAAGAUGAGGACCAUAGUUGAGUCAUAAGCUAGACAACACAAGUCAAAUGUCCCUUUGGUGCUGACUUAUUUCCGUAACACGUGCAAAAAUGUGUCCUGGCCAGUACGGGUAUCGAACCCGCGACCUUCGCGUUAUUAGCACGACGCUCUAACCAACUGAGCUAACCGGCCACGUGUUACCAAAUGUAAAGUAAAAAUUAUAUACCAAAUCUUGACUUCUUUUGGGGCCUUAGUUUUGUUACACUAUUUUAAACUAUACUUCCUUUACCUAUACACAAAAUGUUUUUAUGGAGACACUUAAUUUAAACUUAGUAUUGAUAUUUUUCAUAUUUAUUGUGAUCUUAAUGGUCAAUGAAUCUUGGUCUUUGUGUGUAUGACGUUGAUAUGUCUGUCGUGUAUAUGUGUAUUUAAAAACAAUGUUUACAGAAAAGUUCGAUUUAUCGUAACUUG